GAUCGCGAUCGGUCGCAGAAGGUCUGUCUGUCUGCCUGGAGGAUAUAACGAGUUGGAAAUUUUAUUUUGGGAUAAAGUGUCGCCUUGGGAAAGAAAGUUUUGGAUAUCAGUUUAGUGAAUUGGCUGGAGCAGCUCAGCAGAAGUGAUUAAAGAUUUGUGGAAGAUAUUCAACCUGAGUUGAAUUUUCAGCAAGUGCUAGUGAAGAAUCUUUUCCUGACUAGUUCAAAAUGACGACCUACACCGACAAGGGACCGAAACCGGACGGAGGCAGGUUCCUCUGCUUCGACCACAUCACUUUCUACGUGGGCAAUGCCAAGCAGGCGGCCAGCUACUACACCACCCGGAUGGGUUUCGAGAACCUCGCCUACCAGGGACUGGAAACCGGAAGCCGUCAGGUUGCCAAACAUGCCGUCCGCCAGAAUAAGAUUGUGUUCGUGUUUGUGUCGGCUUACGAGCCGAACAACCGGGAGCUGGGCGAUCAUAUGGCCAAACACGGGGACGGCGUGAAGGAUGUGGCGUUCCAGGUGGACGAUCUGGAUGUGAUUGUCAAGCGGGCCAAGGAACGUGGAGCCGUAUUGGUGAGGGACGUUUGGGAGGAAUCGGACCAGUUUGGAACGGUUCGAUUUGCCACCGUUAAAACCUAUGGCGAUACCCAGCACACGUUUGUCGAGAGGAAGAACUACACGGGAUUGUUCCUACCCGGGUACAAAUCUCCUCUGUACGAAGAUCCGCUGGUCAAAAUUCUCCCGCCGACGCAUCUCGAUUUCAUCGACCACGUGGUCGGAAACCAACCGGACCUGCAGAUGGAGUCGGUUGCGGCCUGGUACGAGAAAGUUCUAAUGUUCCACCGAUUUUGGUCCGUGGACGACAGUCAAAUCCACACCGAAUACUCCGCCCUGCGUUCAAUUGUAAUGACCAACUACGAAGAAACGGUCAAAAUGCCGCUCAACGAACCGGCCAAGGGUAAGAAAAAGUCCCAGAUUGAGGAAUACGUCGACUAUUACGGUGGUGCGGGAGUUCAACAUAUCGCCCUGAAUACCGGAGACAUAAUUGCAGCGAUCAAGAAUUUACGCGCCCGUGGCAUGCACUUCCUGUCCGUUCCGGAUACGUACUACGAUCAGCUGAGGGAACGGCUGCGCAGUAGCGGCCUCAAAAUCAAGGAAGACAUGGACGUGCUGCAGAAGCUGAACAUCCUUAUCGAUUACGACGAAAAUGGGUAUCUGCUGCAGAUCUUCACCAAAAACAUGCAAGACCGUCCGACCCUGUUUUUGGAAGUCAUCCAGAGACAUAACCAUAAUGGGUUCGGUGCCGGCAACUUUAAGGCCUUGUUCGAGGCCAUCGAAGCCGACCAGGCCAAACGUGGAAAUCUGUAAUUGAGGGCGGUCGGACAAACGGUGCAAACAAACUUGGAUUCACGAUGAUGCUUCUUAUCGGUGGCUGCGACGGGGGAACACACUCACCUCGAGCAGCGCCGUCACGCCAUGGGAACACAGCAGGAAUAUUUCUUAUGAUUGAUUUUUUUUUUCUAGAUUAUCCUUAAGUCCUCUAUAGGUUACGUUUAGAUUAAUAAACCGUUCUUGAUAUUAGAA